AUGACAAGUGACAAUAUUUAUUAUCAGUCAAGUCAAACAGUAAGCAAUAGAUAGUAGUUAUUACUUUGGUAGUCACUUAAUUACGGAUAACAUAGUGCGAUUGAGCAUAGAAAACACUGCGCUUUGCUUUAAAAUAAAUAUUUUUUAAGACACUUAUUUGUCAUUUAUUAAAAUGUCUACUGAUUCGACUCCCAGAGUACUUUCAAUUCAAAGUCACGUAGUUCAUGGAUACGUUGGGAAUAAAAGCGCUGUUUUUCCGCUACAAGUCUUAGGUUUUGAAGUGGAUGCCAUAAACACUGUUCAGUUUUCAACACACACUGGUUACAAGCAUGUUAAAGGCACAAUCCUAAAAAAUGAGGAAAUGGCUGAACUAAUGGAAGGGCUGGCUCUUAAUGAAGUUGACUAUUAUACACAUUUCUUGACAGGGUAUUCUAGAUCUCCAGAUUCUUUAAAACAAAUAGCCAGUAUAAUUACCAAAUUGAAACAGAAGAAUCAAAACUUAAUUUAUGUAUGUGACCCAGUAAUGGGCGACAAUGGCAAGAUGUAUGUGCCGGAUGAAGUAUUGCCUGUGUACAGAGACAUACUGGUACCACUAGCCGAUAUACUAACACCAAAUCAGUUUGAAGCUGAACAAAUCACCGGAUUGACAAUGAAUGAUCUGGACGGUGCUUUAAAAAUCAUUGACGCUUUACACGGUAAGGGAGUCAAGACUGUGGUGUUGUCCAGCACAGACCUUGGAGAUGAGGAGAAUAUGAUUGGCAUUGCUAGUAAUAAAGAUUCUUGCUACAAAAUCGUAAUACCGAAAUUCGGUGCAACGUUUACGGGUACUGGAGACUUAUUUGCCGCUCUUUUUAUGGCUUGGUCUCACAAAACUAAUAAGAAUCUAAAACUGACGCUGGAAAAAACAAUUGCGACGCUCCAACACAUCGUCAAGGACACUUUUGAUAAAGCGAGAGCUGUGCAACCGACGGGAAAAGUUUCUUCAGCACUCAUAGAAUUGAGACUCGUCCAAAAUAAAACAACGAUCGAAGAUCCCAAAAUUACUAUAGAAGCCACCAAAAUAAAAGGCUAGAUCUUAUUAUUGUUAAGCAUUUGUUGUUUUUAAACUAAAUAUAUGUGAGUGUUGUAUGCAGUGCAAUGUGGAAGUGAAUAAAAUAAUUGAAUGUUAUUUAAACUAUAUAAGUACAAAAGUAAUUUUUUUUUUAUUUUUAGACGAAUGGAAUAUAUUAUAAAAUGUAGUUAUUUAUGUUUCUAGUAAAUUUAGGUUGCAAAGCUGUUGUUCACUAGCUUCGUAAGUAUCUAUAAUAAUGUUGAGAAUAUAUCGAAAAGUUUGUAUAAUUCAAUUUAAUAUACUAAAAAAAUACAAUAUCACAAAGCCUGUUAUGUAUAAAAGUAUUUAUUAAGGUUUUAAAGUAUUUUGUUAUGAGACCAAUACACGUCUUCCACUAAAGCUCAGCUGUGAUCAAUAAAAUGAAAUAUAUAUAUA